AUGUCACUUAAACUCUUUGAGGCUCAGUUUCCUCGCCAGUCAUCCACUUUGGAAGAGCGUAGGGAAGGUUUAAGGAGCAAUGCCUUGCACCAUAUAAGUAUGUCAGGCCCUUUCUCUGGGGAGGAGGAUCUCCUAGGGCGUCAUCAGCUGAUACAAGCAGCACUCUGUGGCGGGUGGCUGUCCUCCAGUAGUGUCCCAGUCAGCACUGCUGAGCCCAGAGCCGCCCAUCCCUGCAUCCAGGGGCUCUCCUUCCCCAUCCAUCACCAGGGCCCAGCGAUCUCGCCUGUCGAUGCCUGGCUCUCACUUGAUGUCUCAGUUCCGGAACAGAGAUGCUCCAGCUGCUACCUGGGAAGGCUCUGGCCCCAAAAAUAUUUAGUUAGCAGCCAUUCAGUUAAGUGGAAUUGA